AGGCAAGAACAGGCAUUCUUGAAUACUAUCGUUCGAGAAACCAGCACUGAUUUUUGGAUUGGCCUUUAUGGCUUGAUCUGGGAGGACUCUUUCCUUUGGACAGAUAACAGUCCUCGCAGAUACACCAACUGGAAUGUCAGUGAACCCUCAAAACCUAACCAGUCCAUGGAAUGCGUACUCAUGAAUCCUCAUAAAGAUGAAGGAAGAUGGAGGACUGCGUCAUGUAGUCAGAGGAACGGGUUUAUCUGUGAGACAGGUUCGUUAAGAAGAAAAUGAUUUUAUGAACUGGCUAUAAAGUACACAACCAUCGAGGAAAAAUGUUCGCACAAAAUAAGUAAAUUUAAAGAUGUCAAAUUAACGUAGGAAAGAGGGAAAUCUGACUUCAGGUGAGAAUUUGAACCCAACACUUUCCGAUGACAGGUCACCUUCAAGCUUUGAAAAAAAAUCAUCGGUGUAAUAGGCCUCGUGUAACGUUGGGGUCAUAGGUGACAUAUGUCCUAGGUUCUACCAGGAUUAGCCUCUGUAAGUGCGUCCUGUGGGUAAAGGAGGUACGUAUGGUAUGUCACAUUAGAGCACUUUUCGAUUGAGCGUCGUGAAAUCAAAACCAAAGCAAUCUCAAAAGCCAAACUGGCAUAGAAAGAAAAAUAUCACGGGCAGGCAUCUAAUGCGAACUCGAAGUAAAAACAAGCAAACUGCAUAAAGCGCGGGAAAACGAGGGUGAUCAAGUCGCAACUGGUUUUAGUUUUGAAUCUGAUUGAGGUAGCAGAUGACCAGUUUUGGUAUUUGAACAGAGACACGCUUGUUUCGUUUUAUUUUAAUUUGUUGGGCUUUUCCUCUUACAAAUCCCUAUGUUGUGAAACAUGUUCACUGAAGGGGUUGGUGGAAAUGACUGUUAGAGAUAUAGUCUGGCGACAUGACCAGCAUUAAUGGUAGUUUGAAUAAAAUAAGAUUAUGAUCGAGCGAUAAAAUGCAAAUAAUGGGUAACCAUAAAAACAACUACAUAUGUAUAGAAAAUAAGGAAAUGUGUGAAUAAGGUUAAAGAUAUAAAGAGUUUGUUAGCUUAUACUCUCUCUCAGUGUAUGCUUUUUUAAUUCCUGAUAAUAUUAUUUGUCUAGGUUGUAUUUUCAAGAAAAAUCACUUAAUGCCAUUUAGUUCACUCGCAUAUACUGAGGGUUUUUCUUUGUAAUUCACAGAGGCUCUUCCAAUUCUUCCAACUCAUGACCAACAGCCUGGUGAGCUUUUUUAAUAUGUUAUCCAACUAACCCUCCUAACGAUAAUUUAAUGGAAAGUUGAAUUUAACCGUUACCGUUGACUGUGCUUUUUUCUUUUGUUUGUUUGUUGGUUGGCAACUUCGUAACUUGGCGCGCAAGUUGCUUACUUCGGACCACAUCUUGGUAACUUGCAAUGGCAACAUAAUGACAUGCAACUUGCAAUUGCAACCUAAACUUGCAUGGCAUCACUUGGUGCCUUACAAUGAUAACAUAACAACUUGCAAUGGUAACUUAGUAAAUUGCAAAGGUAAUCUAGUAACUUACCAUGGUAUUUUAGUAACAUGUGAUUUGCAGUGGUAAUUGAGAACUUUGAAAUGGCAAUUUAGAAAUUUGCUGUCUUAUUUCAAUUCCUUCUCAUGGUAUUUUAGUGACUUGCAAUAGCAACUUGGCAAUUUGCAAUAGCAAUUGAAAUGGCAAUUUAGGAAUUUGCCAUCUUAUUUUAGUAACUUGCAGUGGUAAUUUAGUAACUUGCAAAAGCAAUUUGAUAACUUGCCAUGGUAUUUCAGUAUCUUACAAUAGCAACUGAGCAAUUUGCAGUGGCAAUUUAGUACGGUUUGCAAAGGCAAUUUAAGACUGAAUUUGCCUUUGUAUUGUUGUACCUUGAAAUGGCUAUUUAGUAAAUUGCAUUAGCAAUUUAGUAACUUACUCCAGCAGCUAACCAAUGGCAGUGGCAAUGUAGUACGUUGCAAUGGUAAUUUAGGAAUUUGUCAUGUUAUUUUAGUACCUUCCUAUAGAAACUUAUUAACUUCUAAUGGCACUCUAAUAUCUUGUUGUGGUAUUCUUAUAACUUGCAGGUGUAGCUCAGUAACUUGCGAUGACCCCUGAUUAAGUAAUUUGCUCUUGCAACUUACUGACUUGCAAUGGCAAUUUUGUAACAUCCAUGCUGUGGCCAUUUACUAACUUGUCUAAGCAAACGAUUGCGAAUCAAUCACGUUAUGCGGGGCGUGGCGAGAAUUUUAGUUUAUCUUUACACUUGCGUUUAAGAUGCUCGUAAGGAAGUCGGAUGACCAGACAAUUUAGUUCCCUGAAGGGGCGCGCGACCACUUGUCAAAAAGGACGAGGACUCUGCGAACGACAUUGACAACCUUCAGGACAAUUUGUAGGAAGUACUUAUCUUUAAACCUCAUCUUCUAACAUUAAGUUGGUGUUUUUUCUUUUUCAGUAUGGCUGUUCAGCCUAAACUCAGCCACACAUUACUGGCGAGUUAUGAAAUGCGAGACAGUAAUUUUGCAGUUUCUUUUUAAAGUGCCGUGAAUUUAACAUUUCCAUCCAUGGUAAAGCAGUUGCGCAUGGUCACUGCAUUUUCUGAGAUAUCCGUGGCGACAAUUGAAAAUGGAGAUAAAAAAGAUCAAAUUUUGAUGAAAAGGAAAUAAUGUGGAUACAUGUAUAUUCCAUUAAAAUGUUGAUAUACGGCUAAAAAGUUGCGUUAUACAAAAAAUGCAAAAUAUGAAGAAAAAAAGAUUUGUUGGCUAUAAUAACAGGAAAUCCUUUGUCAAAUGAGAAGGUUAACACUUUGCCAGAGAAUCUCCUAGGAAUACUUUUCGAGGAUAAAACAUCACAGCACAACAAUAGCAGCAAGAAUUCAUCCUUUCUUGGUAGAAGCCAUUUCAGCCAUUUCACGCCUAAUGCUGUGGCGAGAUAUUCGUAUACCAAUUUAAAAGCAGUCAUCGAUUCUAAUGGUGCUUGUGACAUCAAAAGGUUUGUAUGUACAAUUUUUUUUUCAUGAAAUAAAGCUGUCACGAUGUUUUAGAACGGUGUUUCUGUUAUGCAACGUAAUUCCAUACCAAAACUACCGUUUGAGUUCGGUGUAAGUGGGCUGGUAGUGAUAUUGUAUUCAGAAUGGUCAAGGAUUUGUGAGAAACAAGUGUUUUUAGCACGAGGGAAUAGGAAAAGGCUGAAGUAGAAUUUUGAGGGAAAUCCCUAAGAAAGAAGUUCUAUUUGGAGAUUUCAGGGCUCCAGCCUAGAUCCAAGAGAAAUUCGAGAUUCGACACAAUAACGUAGGCAAGAUUUUUCUCCACUUAUAUAAAGGUUAGAUGGACUUUUUCAUUGUUGUCUGGUGAUGGAGAAUUUCAUUACCACCUCUAUUACCCUUGGUUUAAUUAUUUCCAUACCCCACUCUCGCUACACGUCGUCCAACUGGUGAACUUUGACAUAUUCAUCUAGUACAUCAUUUGAGAAGUUUGUUAUUUUUGCACCGUGAACCUGUGAUAUUUAUGUUUUAUUUCCAGGUCGUCAGUCCUCCGUAUUGGGGAAUGUAGAGGAGAAUUAGAUGUAAUA